GGUUAGGUGAAGUGAUCACCUGGAAGCUUAUCCUCUCUGGCAGAUCAGACUCGAAGAACGCGUGAGACUGAAGCCAUGACCCAGAAGGUUUUGUCUGGAGUCUGGUUCAGUCUGCUGGCUGUGGCCUGUUUCCUGUCCUGGUCCGGUCUGACUCAGGUCCCCGAGCCGGCACAAUGCCUCGCCUCUGGGAUCUACCAUCUGAUCCGGCUCCCUGACUAUAAGGACCCGAUGCACUGCUGGAGGGACUGCUUUGCCGAGCCCGACUGUCACAUGGCUGUGGUGGCCACGCCGCUCAGUGGCUCCAAUCAGUGUCUGUUGGUCAACUGUCUGAAUCAGGGCGAACACUCGUUCCCUCGUGAUCUCAGUGCACAGAUCAGGGUUUACCCCAAGAGCAUCAGUGAUGAAGGUCAAAGAGACUCCUUCAGAAAAGGCGCCUAUGGGAGAGCUGAUGAAAGGCUUUACUGUUUCCUCUCAGUGAAAAACAACAGCUGCCAGUCCGGGACUCUCAGAUUCUUCUACAAUGGGACCAGCUUCAGGUGUGAGAGCUUCUACAGUGGCUGUGAGUCCAACAAGAAGACAUUUGAGACCCAGGAAGCAUGUGAAGCUCUGUGCAACGAGAAAUACCGUUGUUAUCGGCCCAUGCAGUAUGGCGGCUGCGGCUCGCACUUCCUCAAAGUCUUUUACAACGUGACGAGUCAGAGGUGUGAGAGAUUCGACUUCAGCGGCUGUGGGUCCAACGGGAACAUCUUUUCAACCGUGGAGGAGUGUGAACGCCUCUGUGGAGAUGUUAAAGCAGCUCCUCCAGCCAGUCCACCUGCUGUGGAUUCAGCUUCCACUGCCAGACCAGCCACCAUGGAUUCAGGUACUACAGUGGCUCUUCCUACAGGAGCCAAGGAUCGUCCAGUCACGGCCUCCACUGUUCCUCCCAAGAACACAGGUGUCCUGUCUGUUAUUGUGGUCGUGUUCUUGCUGUCAGUGGUGGUCGUGGGGUGCUGCAGGAAGUCCCGGCGUCCAUCUUCCAUCAGUUACAAAGGCCUGUUUCGUUUAGUAUCUGGGGUGCGUUCAGCUUCUGAGGGGUGCCCAGGGGCAGCCGAGUCCUGAAGGAGUCCUGAAGGAGUCCUGAAGGAGUCCUGAUGGAGUCCUGAUGGAGUCCUGAUGGAGUCCUAAUGGAAUCCUGGACCCCAGCAGGCUUUGAAGGGAUGGACGUGUCAUUAACUUAGUGCUGGUUGUUGAGCCUGGACGUCUGUGUUAGUGUCAGUUUAUUACUUAUGACAUGAUGCUAAUUUUGGUGAAUUUAUUUAUUUAUGUGUUUGGAGGAACAAGACACUGACUCAAAAUAAUAAAUCCAAUCUCCAAUAUUAAUUAAUAUAAAAAAUAACCACAAGGAAAAAACUUUGAUUUCAUGUCACAUUUUAUUUCAUAAUGUUGUUUUCUAUGGUGUGAAAUCAAACUUGACAUGAAUUUAAAGUGUAAGUGGGGAGAAAAAAUGUUAAUAAUGUAAUAAAAAUGAAAAUAAAAAUAAGAAAUUGUUUCAUAGUAUUGAGCUGAAUUUAAAUAGUUCUCACUUAUUUCACAAAGAUUUGGUUCAUUUAUGUAUUUUACACAAUUGAUUCCUAUGAUUAUUUGAUCAUGUAUAUGUUUUUUUUGGAUUUAUUUAACUGAACAUUUUAAGGUUCCCUCUCAUUUCUUUAUAAUUAAUUCAUUAUUUUGAGAUCUUAUUUUAGAUGUUAUUUCAUGUAGUUCACCUUUGUGCCACAGGAGGGCGACAGAACAUUUUAAAACAUGUCACUGAGGUCCUCGGGUUGUGAUGGACAUGAACUCUCCUGUUGAAUCAUCAGAGUGAAACAUGACCAACAUCUGUGGAGAUCAAUUAAUGAAGUCAGUCACGACUCCCAUGAUGCAUUUCACUAAAAAUCAUCCAAUCACAGAGCUUCACAUGCUGACACAUUGACUGGCUGCUGAUUAUUUGAGUGUGCAUGUGACAUGGGCUUUGCUUUGAUAUUUUUUAUUAACUCAGUUAAGCCUUCCUAAUUUGCUUCAGCUCUGAUUUGUAUGGGGUCCCCAGAAGGACAGAAAUCUCAAGUUUGUCUCAUCAAGAAGCUGUGGACGUCCAUGUUUGUCUUUGUGCAUCAACACGCCACAGUUGGCCUCUCAG